AUGUUGUUCCAACUCGCUCGUUUGUGUCUAAUUCUGUCGCUCACUCCAAUUCUUUCAACACGUUUUCAUGCAUACGCAUAUCCGGAGCUGGUCGGGCUUAUAAACGAUAAUCGACAUUCGCACGCGCGCGAGCAGCCUGCACAGUUCGAGACCAAGGAGCGGACUGAAGAACAACAGAAGCUAUAUGCUCGGCAACUCGAGGUACUCACUGGUUUGGUGGAUGCUCUGGCUCCUGGAACUCUUGACGCCGCUCUGAGCUUUGGCGGCGGAUGGUCAGGUUUUGGCAGUAUAGAUAUAGGUAAUGGUCCCAUUGACGUUUGGGGCCAGUUUCCCUUUGAGCCUCCGGGUCCAUACGAUCAACGAGGCCCAUGCCCGGGUCAGAAUGCGCUUGCAAACCACCACGUUAUCAGUCACACUGGGAUCGUCUCAAUAUGGGAGGUGAUCGAAGGAACAAUGGCGGUCUUCAACUUGGGAUAUGACAUUGCCCUGUUGUCUGUCCUUGCUGCAGUCAUCUCGGGCGGUGACCCUGUAACGAUGAAGUAUUCACUGGGUGGGCCAGAUCCAAGAGUUGGGGCUCCUCUUGAUGGUCUGCUAGGCAUCUUCGGCACACCGCAAGGUCUUGAACACACCCACAACUUCGUGGAGUGCGAUUCAUCCAUGACGCGCCAGGACGUCUACCAGUAUGGAAACGCCUGGACGAUGGACGUGAAUUUGUUCCUCCAGUUCUAUGAAUCGGUGCCAUAUGGCGGUCUCUUCACACGCGAGGCCAUCGUGCGGGCUUCGUGUGUUCGCUGGCACCAAUCUAAAGAUUGGAACCCGUUCUUCUAUUACGGUCCAGGCACAGGCUACUUCCGGAACUUCGCACAAGAGGUCAUAAUGCUCUUCGGCAACCACUCUGAUGGCAGCAUAGAUGGAGUGUUGACGCACGACAUCCUGUACUCAUUCUACGGCCUGACCAGUGAUCCUGUACCCUUCACGUACCGCGAAGGAUGGGAAAGGAUUCCAGAAAAUUGGUAUCGCAGGCCAGUGCCCUUUGAUUUCCUUGGCCACAUAACUGAGCUCUUGGUCUGGUUUGGGCUGUGUCCGGAGCUGGCAAGUAUUGGAGGUAAUACCGGGACACCAAAUUCAUUUGUUGGCGUUAAUGUCAACGACCCGGCUUCAGGAAUUGCCAAUCUUCCUAACUUGUUGGAGGGCACCAAUCUGCUUUGCUUCUUGUUGCAAAUGCUUAAAUUUGUUUCGCCGUCGUUCACCAAUAACAUUUACGCGUCCAUAUUCGGCUUGGUUGGCGACGUAACAGCGACCUUGGGGUGUCCAGAGAUACCAGACCUGACUAGAGGUGGCGAAGCGCUCUUCGCAAAUCUGCAAGCUACAUACCCAGGAGCACGGAUGGCAGAGUCUGGAUUUUAA